UAUGGAUGAACACGACAACAAAUGAAUCUUGUGAACUAAACCUGCUAUAUUUGGAAAAUUAGAGGGAGUAAACAUGAAAUUAGUCAACUUUGGCUGAUUUCUUCCAUCAACCAUUGCAAGUUGCAACGUAACUUCAUAAGCAAAUGCAUCCAUUCAAUCCAGGCGGCCUGGUCGGGGCAUUUGAAAUUUCUUCAUUGGCGUGUAUUACAUAUAACCCACAAAAUGUAUGUGUAGUUCACACAUUCCUAAUUUCUUUGCAGUUAUUUCCUAAGAAUCUGUCUCGAGAAAACCUUUAAUGGCGUCUUCUUCAAGUUCAUCCAAUCAAAAGAGCUUCAAGUAUCAGGUGUUCUUAAGCUUUACAGGAGAAGACACACGUAAGACCUUCGUUGAUCAUCUUUAUGCUUCUCUUAAGCAAAAAGGUAUUCAUACCUUCAGGGAUAACGAGGAGCUGGAGAAAGGAAAACGGAUCGAUGAGCUCUUCAAAGCCAUUGAAGAGUCGAGGUUCUUUAUCAUAGUUUUCUCCAAAAACUAUGCAUCUUCUUCUUGGUGCUUGAAGGAGGUCACGAAGAUUAUGGAAUGCCAAGAUGGGAACCAACAGAUUGCUUAUCCACUCUUUUAUGGUGUGGAGCCCAGCGACAUCCGCCAUCAAACUGGGCCAGUUGGAAGAGCAAUCGCCAAACAUAAGGACAACGAACAAAUUAAGAAAUGGGAAAAAGCUCUGGAAGAUGCAGGCAAUCUGGUUGGGUGGGACCUUAAAAACAUUGCUAAUGGGCAUGAAGCUGAAGCCAUCACAAAAAUUAUUGAAGAAAUUUCAUUGAAGCUAGGUUCCAUUCAUUUGGGCAAUGAUGAACAUCUGAUAGGCAUGGAACGGCGGAUGCAAGCCCUGGAGCCGUCUUUGGGGAUCGGAUUGAACGAUAAAGCCCGGAUGAUAGGGAUCAAGGGGAUGGGAGGCAUUGGGAAGACGACUUUAGCCAAAGCUAUUUUUAAUAAAUUUUCUUCCCAUUUUGAAGGUAGUAGCUUUGUUGCUGACAUAAGAGAAGUUUCAAAAAAGAAGGGCUUGGAGUCAUUGCAACAACAAAUCCUUUCGGAUGUUCUUAAAGAUGAACGCAUGCGUGUGGGAAGUGUUAAUGAAGGGGAAAGAAUCAUGAGAAUGAGGCUACCGUAUAAGAAAGUGCUUCUUGUUCUAGACGAUGUGGAUGAUACAAAACAGCUUGAGGCGUUAGCUGGUGAUUGGUUUAAGAAUGGAAGUAGAAUCAUCAUUACAACAAGAGACGAGAAUGUGCUGCUAUCACAUGAAGUGAAAAAGAAAUGGAUUCAUGAUGUCGAUUUCUUGUCGGAUGAGGAAGCAAUUCGCCUCUUCCUUUGGUUUGCGUUUAGGAGAUAUAUUCCAGAUCAAGGGUACGAAGAGCUCACAGCCCGAGUAGUACGUUAUGCUGCUGGUCUUCCCUUAAAGAUUAGAGUUUUGGGUUCCCAUCUGUGUGGUGAAAAUAAGGAUGUAUGGAGAGAUGCACUUAAAAGACUUGAAAAAAUUCCACUACAAGAGACUCUAGAUGUAUUGGAAAUAAGCUAUAACAGCCUAGAAGAUGAUCACAAGGAAAUCUUCUUAGAUGUUGCAUGCUUCUUGAACGGGCUUUCUCAUGAAUUUGCAAUUAGAAUCCUUGAGAGCUGUGGAUUUCAUGCUACAUAUGGUUUAAGAAUUCUUGAGCACAAAUCUCUUGUAACAAUUUCAGAUGGUAGAUUGGGCAUGCAUGAUACAAUACAAGAAUUGGGCAAGAAUAUUAUUCGGCGAGAGCACCCCCGUGAACUCAACAAACAUAGCCGACUCUGGAAUACAGAGGAAAUUGUAGAAUUAUUGUCUGAUGAUGAGGGUACUGCAACCUCAACAUGUACCGGAAUGCUGCUGCUCUUGCUGCUGUGUGAACUGAGUCCUGAAAUUAUCAUCCAAAAACUUGGAAACCUGAAGAGACUUAGAUAUCUUUGUGUUUUGGGGAUCGUUAGUGACUGUUUCCCUAGUGACUGGAAGUUUGAUGAAACGAAACCCUCCUUUCCGAAUUCGUUACAGUAUCUGAUAUGGGAUAAAUACCCUGGUUUCUCUUUACCCCACACAUUUCGAGCAAAGAAUCUUGUUGGACUUGAAUUGACUGGAAGCAGAAUCACGCAACUAUGGGAAAGUAGUGAAAGAAAGAAGCUCAAGUUCUUCCUCCUGGGUAAUUCAAACUUGAGGACCCUUCGGGAAAGUGGGGAAAGAAUGGUUCUUGAGAAACUCAGGUUCCUGAACCUUAAAAAUUCGAAGGUGAGCAUCCUUGACCUUGGGAUGACUCCCAAUCUUGAGAGGUUAGAUCUUGAAGGAUGUCAUGAUUUGAAAGAGAUUUAUGCGCCUGCUGGAUGUCUAAAAAGGCUUAUCUACAUAGAUUUACGUGGUUGCCCAUGGUCUGUAUCUUUUCCUUUUGUUAAACAGUUGGAACCACAUGUGCUUCUUAGUCUACCUGUGUUAGCUGUGAAAGUGGAUCCCAUGGAGGCAUUUCCAAGGGACUCCACAAACAAUCUACGAUUUACAUUUGUGUAUUAUAAAGAACUACCCUCGUCAAGAGAAGGAAUUAAUUUUAAGAGUGUUUUUCUAGAUCUUCAGCCUUGCACAAAACUUGAGAGCGUUUCAGGAAGCAUUUGUGGCUUACAACAUCUAAGAGAAGUUAAAUUCCAGGGCUGUAUUCCGGAGGUGCCCAAGGACAUUGACCAGCUGAAAGGCUUGCAACAACUCAUUUUGUUAUCUACACACGUCAAACGUCUUCCUGAUAGCGUUUGUAUGUUGAAACAUCUGAAAUCUCUCAAACUUAGUGAUUGCCAGCAUCUUGAAGAGUUGCCGGAGAAUCUUGGUUUGUUAGAAAAUUUAGAGGAGCUGAGUUUGUCGACUGCAAGUAUUAGGCGUCUUCCUGAUAGUGUUUGUAUGUUGAAACAUCUGAAAUCUCUCAAACUUGGAGAUUGCCAACAUCUUGAAGAGUUACCGGAGAACCUUGGCUGGUUAGGAAAUUUAGAGGAGCUGAUGUUCAUUUCUAUAAGUAUUAGACGUCUUCCAGAUAGCAUUUGCAUGCUGAGUCAUCUGAAAUCUCUACACCUUGACUCUUGUGGACGCCUCGAGAAGUUACCCGAGGAUAUUGGGCAACUAAAGAGUUUAGAGAUGCUAAACCUGGGACAGUGUGAAUCUUUACGAGAUAUUCCAAACAGCAUCUGUAACAUGAAAUCUUUGACUCAUCUCUAUCUCCGCGAAUGUAGACAAGUUGAGAAAUUGCCAGAGGAUUUGGGAAACCUAAAGCUUUUACAAGGGUUAAAUAUAGGGUUUACAGGAAUAAGUCAUCUUCCACAUAGUAUUUCCUCGAUGAAUGGUCUACUUGUUUUCGGAUCCAUAUCACUUCUUCAGUCUUGUGCUUUUGCAACCGAGAUAUAUACCCAUGAAGUACUUGGACCCCACUGCCGCAUACAAGCCAUGGAUAGCACACUGGCACACACAGAAUUAAGGAGCCAGUCCGAACAGAAGUAUCUUACCAGGGAGGGCAAGGAAAUAUUAAUUGAAGAUGGUGAUGAGGGUACACUAGGAGGAGAAUCUUCUGAUGAUGUUAAUAAACGAAUGAGAGUGAGCCACAUGGGAACCAACUCAGAGUAUCUGCAGAACAAAGAACUCAUCAGAUUCUUCGAGAACCUCAUGUCUGCAGCCGAUCCAGAAGAAUUCCUAAAAAUGCUCCAAGUGAUCACCUCCUUACAAGGCGACAACAAUGGUUCUUCAGAAAUGAGUGAAAAGGAAACUGACAUGAUUAUUAAGAUGCUAGCAGAAGAGCUCCAAAACAGGUCUGAAAUGGCAUCAUCUUUCAACACCCAAAAUCUAGUGGAAACAAAUAGGAGUAAUAUUCCACAAGGGCAACAAAGUCAAAGGAGUGGUACUUCUCAAGGUCAAGGGUUUUUGAAUCGUCAGCCCAGCUUUCCUAAUAUUCAAAGCCAAUUGAGGAAUCCAGACAUGCGUGAGAUGACACCUGACAUCAAAUUCUCUCGGGAGGAUGCAGAAAGAGCCCAACAAGUCAUGUCCUCUUUGUCACCAGAGACCAUCCAUAGACUGAUAAAGUUGGCUGAUCUAAUAAAAACAGCAUGUGAAGGUGCUGUAAAAACCAAAAAUUGGCUUCUGGGGAGGCAGGGGUUUGUUAUGGUCGUAUGUAUGCUUCUUUUUGCAAUCUUUCUCCAUUGGCUUGGAUUCAUUGGCAAUUAGAAAAAAAAAAAAAGUAAUGGAAAGACAUGUAAAAACAGUCUGGAAUAUUCCGUGGGAGAAAUGUUGUAAUGGAGGCUAAUUAAUGCAUGGGUAAACACUUUUUUUAUUCCUAAUUCUUUGUUCAGUAUCUGUGUUACUGUUAAAGACUUAAACUUUUAGUCUUUAUUCUUUGAAAACAGUCACUUAACUGGGCAUGCGUGGCUGGAUUUUGUGAAUUAUUUUGGAACAAUGAGUCAAACUGUCAAUGUUUUAUAUACUUUCAUGACCUUAUGUAACCUAUAUCAAAAUAUAUUUCAAAUUAUUGUAUGAUGC